CCCUCAACACUGGGGCCCCAAAAGGGUGCGUGCUUAGCCCCCUCCUGUACUCCCUGUUCACCCACAACUGUGUGGCAAUGCAUGCCUCCAACUCAAUCAUCAAGUUUGCAGACGGCACAACAGUAGUGGCCUUGAUUACCAACAACGACGAGACAGCCUACAGGGAGGUGGUGAGGGCACUCGGAGUCAGGAAAACAACCUCUCACUCAACGUCAACAAAACAAAGGAGAUGAUUGUGGACUUCAGGAAACAACAGAGGGAGCAGCCCCCUAUCCACAUCGAAGGGACAGCAGUGGAGAAGGUGGAAAGUUAAGUUCCUCAUCGUACACAUCACAGACAAACUAAAAUGGUCCACCCACACAGACAGUGUGGUGAAGAAGGCACAACAGCGCCUCUUCAACCUCAGGAGGCUGAAGAAAUUUGGCUUGUCACUCAAAACCCUGACAAACUUUUACAGAUGCACAAUCGAGAGAAUCCUGUAGGGCUGUAUCACAGCUUGGUACAGCAACUGCACUUCCCUCAACCGCAAGGCUCUCCAGAGGGUGGUGCGGUCUGCACAACGCAUCACCAGGGGUAAACUACCUGCUCUUCAUGACACCUACAGCACCCGAUGUCACAGGAAGGCCAAAAAGAUCAUCAAGGACAAUAACCACCCGAGCCACUGCCUGUUCACACCGCUAUCAUCCUGAAGGCGAGGUGGGGACUGAGAAGAAGAUGGUUGCCGCUGUGCUCACCUUGUUCUGUUUCACCACAACUGAACAUGUUCAACCUGAUAACCAACUGCUGCAGCUGGGUCUCCAAGUUCCAGCAACCCAUCAGGAAAGUCAAUGUACUCGUGGUCGGUCUUGAUAAAGCAGGAAAAACAUCCACUGUCAGGGGGAUGUUAAGAGUGCCCCCGGUGGACGUGGGUCCAACACAUGGGUGUGUCCGCACGGAGCUGAGAGUGGAGAACUUCCUGGUCACCCUGCUGGACAUCAGUGGGGCCCCGGAGUUGCGGGGGUCCUGGAGGGAUCUCUAUGGGGAGGUCCAUGGGUUCAUCUUUGUGGUGGACUCCAGUGACCGGCAGAGGAUUAAAGAGGUCAAGGAACUUCUGACGGACCUGCUGAAGCAACCUAGAGUGGCGGGAAAACCACUACUGGUGCUGGCCAACAAGCAAGACAAGAUGAAUGCCCUGCUGGGAAGUGAGAUAAUUGAGCUCCUGUCUCUGGAGAGACUGGUGAACCAGAGCCGUUCUCUGUGCCACAUUGAGCCUUGCUCAGCCUUAAUAGACCUGCGGAGGUGGACAGACAGGAAGACGCUGCGGGGUCUUCGCUGGCUUCUGCGUGCUGUCAAUCUGGAUUACCCAGAACUCUGUUCUCGCAUAAUCAGGGACAUCAGGGACAGGAGACCUCUAGCACCAGACGAGAGGGACAGGCGUGGGAAGAUCGAGAGGAGCCGCAAGCCCAAAGAGGAAAGAAUCCGUGCCAGCAAAAAUGACCUUCGUAAAGUACAAAGCCCUCAUGAAAGGGACCUAAGACCCAAGACCCCCUCGCUACAACCCAUUCGAAACAUCUUGAAAAAGGAGAGCAAAAAGAGGCUUAAUAAAAAGAAGAAACAACAGGUGAAGAUUAAGGACACAGAAGAGAAAAGCGAAGGAGAGAAUGCGGAGGAGGAGGAAGGUAGCACAGAGGCAGACCCAGAACACAGUGUGCAGAAAGAGAAGGCCAACAGUCCCCUAAUACCUCCGAAACGAAGGAAGCUGAAACGUAAAGCCAAAGUGAAGGAAGAGACCCAAGAGCUCCCAGAAUCAGUUGACAACGAAGACAAAGACAACUCGAAUAAAGGGGACAAGAAGAAGAAGAAAAAAGUGGUGAAAGUGAAAAAGAACAGGAUAAACUCUGAGAAGAUGCCAGGAGCAUACUCCCAGCCAGUUGACCUCUCCGUGACCUUUGAUCUUUACCGAAAAGCCAUUUUGGCUCUGAAAGAGCGACAGAAUCAGGGCCAGUGAGAGGAGAGGGCUGAGAGAGAGUCCUAGGUCCAGUGUGUGACGACGCAGUCUGCUAUCCUGGCAAGGGCAGCACUCCAGUGAUUUAUAAACAUGCUGAGACACCUUAGUGACUCAUCCCCAGCCUCUUCCCUGCAAACCACCCAGACAGCGACCUGACUGACUGAUUGACAGAGGGAGACAUGCCCUGCCUGCAAAUCCUCCACAACCUCCUUUUCCAUUCAAUUACCUCACAUUUCUAACUUAUGGAUUACAACUGGAGUAUUCAACGGCUUUUGAAGGACAAUUUCAAAAUACUUGAUGGAUGUUUUUCUUCGCUGCUACUGUGCAGAAACUGCAAAUCCACAAUGCACCCCCUGAGAAAUGUGUGUUUAUUUUAUCUUACCAAAAUAUGUUAUAUGAAAUAUUUAUUUAUUAGUGGUUACUUAAUUAUCUGCAGUAUAAGUAAACAGUUGUUUACAAACAUGAUGAAUGUACUGGCCAAAAUAUUUUAAUCCCUCCUCAUAAAUAUGAAUCGAGUUUAUCUGUGUAUAUUGUACAUUUGAUGGAAAAAGUGACAUGCUUUUGUCAUGUUCGUUUUCUUUUUAUAUGACUGUUUGACAAAUGUCUCACAGACCCUGUUUUUCAACAACACAAAAUGGUCAGUGAAAGGAAAAUAGAAUUUGAAGAGAACACCACCAGGUCAAUUUUGAAGAAAGAACAAAUACACAACUGAAAUGUACAAUAAACAAUCACGUGCUUCCUUUUACAAUGUA